CCAAUUUUUGACUUUGGCAUGCCACGCAACAUCACAGGACGCACCGGCCACACGGAGGCCAUAAUUAAAUGCCGCGUAGACAGUCUGCAUGAUAAAUCGGUAUCCUGGAUACGUAAGCGUGAUCUGCACAUAUUGACUGUCGGCACAGCCACCUACACCACCGAUAAGCGAUUCAAGGUGUCUGAGUCAAAGGAUGCACGUGAGUGGACGUUGCAUGUGAAGUCGCCACAGGCCAAGGACAGCGGCAUUUACGAAUGCCAGGUGAACACCGAGCCCAAAAUGUCGAUGGCCUUUCAGCUGAAUAUCAUUGAGAUUUCUCCAGAUGCGAAGGCGAUCAUCAGUGGACCGCACGAUCUGCACUUUAAGUCGGGCAGCGCCAUUAUCCUGAACUGUGUGGUCAAACAGCCCUCGGUUAAGGAUAUUGGCCCUAUUUAUUGGUAUCGCGGUGAGCACAUGAUCACACCCUUUGAUUCGGAUGUCGAGGAUGCCGAUAAUCUCAUCACUCAAGGACAAGGACAGGGACAGGAACAGGAAAAGGGACGAGGCAAGGAGCAAACGUCUGAUCAACUGGAUGCGUCACUGAAUGAAGUUCUGAACUUAGAAGUGGCCAAGGACUUUACCACACGCAUUGCCAUGGAAUCACAGCUGGGCGAUACCUUAAAGUCAAGGCUGCGCAUCUCAAAUGCCCAGACGACGGACACUGGCAACUACACGUGUCAGCCAACAACUGCGAGCAGCGCCAGUGUUAUGGUCCAUGUGAUUAAUGAUGAAAAUCCCGCUGCGAUGCAGAAGAGCGCGACUUUGGCCUUAAUUGGCCAACACACACAGCAGCGUCUUGGCCUAAUGUGUUGCGCCAUGUUGUUGUUGUUGCUGUUGGCAGUACAAUGAGCUAAGUAUUAGCUGUCAGAGCCAAAACUGGAAAUCGCACUCAUCAUUAGUAUUAUCUGGGAAAGAGCUGGAAAAUUAGGCUAAGGAUGAGGAUGAAGGAAGAGCAACCAAAUUAUGAGCAGUUUGGUUGCUUUUUCUUUCUUCCUCUUCUUUCACAGCUGCUCGGAAUGUACUUAAAAAUUGCUAAAGGACACCAAAGGACAAACAAGCAACCAUUAACAUUGUCUGCUUUCCCUUUUCCCCCUUUUCCCCUUUAUCCCAUUUCUUUUUUCAGUCAUUCGCUGUAUUUACAUUUCAUUGUGUGAAAUGACGAGAGUAAAAGUAAAAGCAAAAGUGAAAGCUUAUAAAAAAAUGCAGAAUCUUCUUUGGCAGCUGUAGAGGACAUUUCACAUCCUCACCGCAAACUUGUGGCACCUUCUCUCCUCCUACUCCUCCUCCUCCUCCUUCUCCUCCUUUCAGCAUCCUAUCCACAUUUCAUUAUUGUGUCCACUUUACAGUAAAACAAAAGCCAACAGAAACAGACACUUACAAGGCUUACAAGCAUUUCACGAGCUGUCAGUCACUACAGUACGUCACAUAAGUUAAUGCACACCCAAACAUAUGUAAAGUACACAAAAGAAAAUAAAAAAGGGUAUGUAAAUGAAAGCAAAUUUGGAAUGUGAAACUAAAUUUGAUAAUGCAUAUAAAUAAAUUAUAGUUAAUUAUAUACAUAUAUACUAUAAAUGUAGACAAGAAUUUACUAUGCUUAAGAAAGUAAGCAGAUUUUAGAUAUUAUAUGUGAUGAUAAGAACAACACAAAAAUAUA